AUGAAGAAAAAUGGCACUUUAUCUACAGAAGAUGCGGGGGCAUUUUUACUAAAACUCCUUCAUAAUGGUAAGAAGAACGAAAUUGUUAGUAAUGCUAAAUCGCAAAUUCGAAACAAACAAAGUGAACUAGCAGAUAAUUGUCUUACAUGUGAUAUAAAGGUAAUAGGUGGAGGGAAUUCUAAUAAUUUUUCAUGCUUUACGACUCCAUUGAGGAAAGGGAAAGCUACAUAUAAUAUGAAUAGCUAUAAUACAUUUGAUAAGAAUUCAAGUAAACCUUUGGCUGCAGGCAAUCCUACAAAUUUUGCUCUUCCAAUGUAUAUGAGGUCUCCAAAUCCAGAAAAUAUACCUAUGCCAUGUGGCUUUCCAACAGAAGGAUGA